AACUCACCCCGUGACAUUUCAAAUGCACAUAACCUAAAACUCGAGUGGAAAAAACUGCAGAAAAAUAAAAUUUAUGAACAGUGGAAGUUAAAAAUACUCCCUUUAUUCCCUCGCAAUUGCGUCUCUUGGGAAGAUGUCUUCUGUACGGGAAGUUGUAGUUCACUACCAGAAGAGCAUUGAGAAGACGACAGACAAGAAAAGGCUCCUUCACUGCAUUGAAAAGCUGUACAAAUUACCCGUGACUAUUGAGCAUUUACAAGAGACGGGAAUUGGGAAAACUGUGAAUAAUCUGCGCAAAGAAGAGGGUGAAGUGAAAGUCGCUGCCAGGGCGCUCGUGGCAAAAUGGAAGGCCAUGGUGGCGCAGGCGGAGUUGGAGAGUACGAAUGCAGAUGAAACACCCCAGCAGGAUUCCAAUCAAUCCAACUCAGAUCACGAACAAGAUUCCCAGCAGGGUGGGGGUGAUAAAGAAUAUCCCACACCAUCAAUCAACAAGACGGAAAAAUCCAGUAGUAAUGACGACGCGAAGGAACACCAUAAAUCGCACAAGAGUAGCAGACAACAUCAUCACAGGGAUGAAUCAGAGUCAAGCCAUCAUCACCAUCAUCGGCAUAGGAGUGAUAGGAGUGAAAGCAAAAGUAGUAGUCACAGGGAGCAUCAUCAGAAGAAGGAGGAGAAGAGUAGUAGUCACAGAAAGGAGAAGAGUGAUAGGAAACAUCGUGAUAAGGAUAGGGAGGAGAGGCAUAGGGAAAAAUCCCAUUCAAAAGUAAAAGAACAACAAACACCAGCUGUACGGCCGGAAGCCACAGAAGCAUCACAGCAAAAUGCUAAAACGUCAAAGAGUCCUGAAAAGUCUGGGAAAUCGGAAAAAGCGAAGCAGGGAAAGAGUUCUGAACCUCCAAAGACUAACAACUCUGAAGGUGAUUCCGACGGUAGUAUAGACAAUUCACAGGGCACGAGUUUUGCUGAUGCCCUAUCAAUGAUAUCUGAUGUACCACAGAGGAAGAGCGCCCAGAAGCGACGGCGACCUUCAGAGGUACCAUCCACGUGCACCUCAACAACUACCACGAAGGAUUUAUUGGAGAAUAGUGAAAAGAAGAGAAAGACGGGAGUGAAAAAAAUAGCCGUUGUCAAGCCAUUGGGUCCUCCGGAUCUGCUAAAAAGUCCCGAGAAGCUGUCCCCCCUUGAUCUGGAAAUCUUCAAAGAAGACAACUUUGAACUACCUCCAAUUGCAAAGGCCGAAAUCACCAGCAACUAUCGCCCAAUGCCCCUUAACCCAGCUGUGAUGGAAUGCGUCUAUCCCGUAGCGAGUUCGAGUAAGCAGAAACCCUCUACAGCGACAUUCCACAUGACCGAUGAGGAAGCAAUGGGCACGAGUAUGCAGUCAAAGAACCUCCGGACAAAAGUUUACUCAGGCAUAAAAACCGGAGCAAUUUGGCAAGUCCCAACACUCCAUGAGUUGUGCAUAAGGAUUCUACAGAAGAACAUUGAUGCCCUCGAGUACACGGGUGGGGUACCAUUUGAGAUUCUCAAGCCAGUAAUUGAACGUGCCACGGCGGAGCAGCUCUUCCACUUUGAGCACUACAACCCGUAUUUAAUGGAAGAUACCGAUGAGCUGUGGCAGAAGCACUGCAAGCGACGUUUUAAGUCUGAGAAGAGGCAGGAAAUGGAGUCAUGGCGUGAAAUGUACAUGCGCUGCUAUGACGAACAGGAAGCAAGAUUCAAUAAUCUAACGCAAAACAUCAAGCAGUCUCUGACCACAUCCAUACCCGUGCGGAAGACCCAGCUUGCCUACGUUGAUAGCAUCGUGAAACCACCGAGAAGUGUACUCAGGAAGCAAAAUCAAUUUGGGACUCGGGGGAAAGUUAGUGCGACUCCAGCUGCAAGAGUUGCGGCGCUCAGUGGGAUUAGCAAGAAUAUCGCCAAAGCUGGUGAUUCGAGACUUAGAGUAGCUUCUCUUAAUCGAGAAUACGAUCCAGCAAGCAGUAGUUCAGCUGUGAAACCAAAACGUGCACCACUCAUGCAAAAAUCUUUGAUGCUCUUCAAGGGACGUUUGAAGAAAUAAAAGAAAAAUAAUUAAAUAGACAGAUGCACGUUCGUGCGCAUUGUUUUAUCCUCUAAUUUAAUCAACAAUUUAGUUGUUUUUAAUUGUAUAAUUUACGUAGAAAUCUGUGUGUUUUAUUGAAUGAUUAAAAAACAAUGUAAUAGCACAUAAA